CUGAUGCAGAGUACAAAAUAACCAGUUUUGCAGCGGAUGCAGCCUGUUCAGCGUCCAUUUCCAAUUGCUGCUUUUUUCUCCUCAGCUCUUCUUCCUGAGCCUCCAGAGUUUGUCUCUCCGUCAGUGAUGCUGCUUUCACAAGCAGUGCAGCCCUCUCAGCCUCUGCUUUGAUACGUUCAGAGGCAGUACUUUUACCACUCUGCCUGCACGUGAGUUUUUACUUUCCACAUUUGGUGCGCUGUCAUCUGGUCGUACAUCAUCAUUCACAUCCUGUUGAUAAAGGCACGUCCUCUGGGUGCACAUAGCUCACAUCACCCUUAGAUGACAACCGCUGUUCAACUUGAAAUUGAAAGCCCUCUUCCCUUGCUUUUUUUGCCCUUGUAUGUAUUUUUUGUUUAUCAAUUUCCUCCUGGGGCAUAGGCAUCACAGACAUAACAUCAUUCUGUAGACCUUUUGCUGCUUCACACAGCCUAACAUACUCACCAAAUACACUCAGUACCCCUUUUACAUCACAGUUUUGCAUGAAUACCUCCAUCAUUUUCCUACACUUUUUAGCCUUGUUAAAUUUCUCUGAUCUUUCAUUUUGAAACCUUUUAAUUGUCGCACACAAAACCUUGUAUGUUGGUUUAGCUUCCCUUUUUCCCAUUGUCCCAAAACUGUCCACAACCUGUUCGGGCUCCGAGGAUUUGUGAACAUUACUGUCCGUGUUAACAAUCCGGAAUAGUGAUACGCCCGCUUCAGCUGAUUUAAUUCACGUGCACUACGCACAGUCAUUUACCCACCAAUGCAUUGGAUUUACAUUCGAAAACUCUAAGUUGUGUGCACACAAUUAAAUGAUGAUCAUCACUAAAUGAGUACAUCCUCAAUCGCGCAGGGAAACAUUCAGAUCAAAAAGAGAAACCAUCAAUUGAUGUCCUUAACGAGCAAAGUUUUCGACUUUGUGUAUUGUCUUGACUAGAAAAAUAAAACAAACAAUAAACUACAAGCCAAGACGUGGCUGAAACUGGCUAAACAUUGGAGUAACACGUUCAUGGACCACUCAAUAAAAAAUUAGGCUAAUAAUCCACCCAAAGUUUAUUUACAACACCCAAUUUGACGGUCAAAAACUUGUCUGCUCUCACGAGUUACAAAACACUCACACACCUGCCUCUAAUCGUUAAAGAGACAAGGAAACACUUCCACCUCACAUGCAGGUGGAGCCAUCUACUGGUCAACAUCAAAAUUACAUGAACCCAAAAUCCAUACCGGAUGAGAAAUUUAAAUAUACUAAUAUGGAAAAAAAGGCAAUACCAUACAAAUUGGCUCUAACAAUAAAAAAAGGUGUUAUCCAGUUUGAAAACCAAAAUAAUCCAUCUACCUUUAUCUGAAGAUAAUGAUUCAAUAAUGGUACCUUUAAAUUUGUUUCACAGAAUGGAUACACCUGCAGAUUGUUGAGAGGCAUGACAAAAAUAACACUGAUCACCCCAUUUUCACAAACAACUUGAAUUUUAGGUUGCCUGGUACCUUCACACAUUGCAACUGUAUGUAAGGCAGAAAUUGUAGAGAUUUGAUGCCCAUAAUCAUCUAGAAUUCAGUAAAUUUAAUUCUGAUUAAUUACACUAUUGGUUUGCAUGAAAUACGUGCUGUGAAACUGAGCUGGGCCAGAGCUGAUCUGGAGGGGAUUAAUGGAUCCAGGCCGUAUCUGAGAAAGAUAAGAUGCUGUUUCUGGCCAUGAGCAUGAAUUUGGGCCAUACCUGGGAUGGAUACGAGGCUUUUAAACUAGAACUGGACCAAUUCUGGGUCUGGUCUGGCACUGAGCUGAAAUCAGGAUGCAGAACGUUUUGGGGCCGUCACACAUAUAGACACUGGUCGGCAUUUAGGCAGGAAUUCAUACUAGAUUCAGGCCCAGAUCCGGCCCUCUUUUUUUUUCUAACAGCUUUCUCUACCCCCUCUAUGCUGUUGCAGAUGGCCCUCUUCCUCCUCUCACUCGUGAUGCCAAGUGCAGUGUAUGCUCUGCAGAGGGACUGUACUUCAAAGCCUCUGGACCUGACCACAAAAGGCAUGCACCUUGCCUUCCAGCUUUUGCUGUUGCAGUCGCUUACCGGACUGUCCUACACUGUAAGCCUGAAACUAGAGAGGAUGUCCCAGCUGUGCAAGACCUCCUGCAUGGUACUGGUGGCAAAGAUCCCUCAGCCCAAAGACUUCAACCACUACAGGCUGGUGGCACUGACAUUGCAUCUGAUGAAAACCCCAGAGAGGUUGGUGCUGUGUCAUCUGCACCCCCUGGUGAGCUCAUAAGUGGACCUGCUGCAGUACGUCUAUCAGCCAGGCAUCAAGAUGGAUGAUGCUGUCAUCUGCCGACUGCAGAGAUCUCUCUCUCAGCUGAAGAGGACUGGGAGCACAGGGAGGAUAAUGUUCUAUGAUUUCUCCAGUACCUUCAACACCAUACAGCCUGAGCUUCUGGGACAAGCUGCAGCACACAGGACUGGACCACCAGUCAGUCAGAUGACUGCUGGAUCAUCUGACUGACUGGCCAGUUUAUAAGGUCUCGUGACUGCGGGUCUGACACUGUUGUCUGCAGUACAGGGGCCCCUCAGGGGACAGUUUUGGCUCCUGUCCUUUUUGUUCUAUACACGGCAGUCUUCACCCACCAAACAACAAGCUGCCACCUGUUCUCAGACGAACUGCCCAAAUCUCCUAACCUACAGAGAGCUGAGCCUGAACUUUGUGGACUGGUGUCAGCAGAACUUCCUCCAACCAAGGAGCUGAUGGUUGGUUUCCACAGGUGCAGACCGACCCAUGGACAUUCAGGGGAAGGACAUUAUGAUUGUGGACUCUUAAAAGUACCUGGGUGUUCACCUGAACAAUAAACUGGACUGGACUUACAACACUAACUCACUUUACAGGAAAGGCCAACAUAAACUCCACCUCCUGAGAACACUGAGGUCCUUUGGUGUGCAGUGAGCCAUCUUCUAUGGAGUGGAGCAGCAGCAUUGCAACUGCAGACAAGAAUAGACUGAACAAACUGGUGAGGAAGGUUAGCUCUGUCCCGGGCUGCCCUCUGGACCCUGUAGAGAUGGUGGGGGAUAGGAAGAUGAUGGCCAAGCUGUUGUCUCUCAUGUAAAAUGUUACCCACCCCCGACAGAUCACUGUAACAGCACUGGGCAGGCUUUUUCACCCACGGUGUGUGACAGAGAGAAACAGCAAGUCCUUCCUUCCUGCUCCAGUCAGACUGUUACCCAGUCCUGCUCCAAGUGGACCAGGUUUUUUUUAGCAUAACUAAUGGACAAUAACUUCAUGUUUCCUCAGUGUGAAAUAUUGAUAUUUCAAUAGAUAGGCAAGAUAUUUAUUUAUUAUAGUUGCAAAUACCUACAUUUUUCAGGUAUAACUCAAUGUGCAAUGAUAGUAUGUACACUUUUUUGUUCGCUGUUCACUAAACUGUUUUAGUUUUUUGUUGUUGUUGCUUUCUCUGUAUUUUGUAUUUCACUUUUUUUUUUUUGCAUAGGUCUAAGUCAGGGGUCAGCAACCUAAAACACUCAAAGAGCCAUUUGGACGAGUUUCCCACAGAAAAGAAAACACAGGAAGCCACAAAACCCAUUUGACAUCUAAAAUGAAGAUAACAUUGCAUAUAUUGUUUUUUUUUUUUUACCUUUAUGCAAAGUUUAUAAAAAACUGUAGUGAGUUGCAUUUAUGAAAUGAAUGAACUGCUGCAGAGAAAAAGAAAUGUUAUUUCUGCAGGCAAACAAAAAUAUUUUGAACAGUUAGAAAUAACCUGAAAGACCCACUUGGAUGAAAAUCAUGUUUUUCUUGUUGUCUACAUGUUCAAAUUUCAUUUUCCUGAUGCUACAGGACAUAUCAUAAGUAAUAUAAGUGCAAAAUUGCAUUUCUGAGUAUUUCUGCAUUUAAAUCACUGUGAAUCUAAAAAUAAUAGCUGAUUAAAAUGUGAAAUUUACUUGCUUAAUGUGACUUUCGCUCCUGAACCUCAGCGCACAGCGUCUCCACAUCCAGGCUGUGUGACAUCACAUUUAUCUUUACACAGGUUUUUGGUUUCCCCAAGUCCACAGUGAUGAUGCAUAUUUUGAGUGAUAAAAAAUUUGAACAUGGUUUAUUUAAUGUUACAAGAGCAUUAAAAUCUUUAAAUUUAGAAUUACAAAAAAAUAAUAAUUAGAAAAUGAAAAAAUACAUUUAAAUUAAAUAUUUAUUAGCUGUUUUCCAAAUCCACAGGGAGCAGCAGCUUUGGGAAGAAAGAGCUGCAUGCGGCUCCAGAGCCAGAGGUUGGCGGCCCCUGGUCUAAGUAAACCUUUUUAUACUUGCAGUUACACUGUAAAUUUCCCCACUGUGGGAUGAAUAAGGGUUUAGCUUCACAUGAGUUUAUUUUUACAGUUAAUGAAUGCGGCCCACUUCAGUGGCUGUGUGUGUGUUGGUCUUAAAAUUCACUAGGAAUAGAAGCUGGGCAGGUUUUUUUUUUUUUCUUUCCUUAGACCAACAACAAUCAGGUUUAGGGUCUAAAGUCUGCAGUGUGGUGCAGUGCUUUCCUGCUCUUUUCCUGGCACAUCUGUGAGAUGGGUAUAAGCAUUGAAUGCUGGUUCAUAAAUCUGCAGAAUUACUGCCACUUAGUUUGAAAAAUGUCAGUGAUUUUGUGGAUGUUGUGAAUAUAAUUUUUUUAUUGGCACAGAAGGGCUGUCGACAUAAGUAUUUCCCCCCAUCUCUUACACCAUGAUGCUACCACCAAGACACAUCAUAUCUGACAUGCCUUCCAAAGGUGCCCUCAGAUUACAUGCGAAGUGCAUAGUCAAGUUAAAAUGACAACCUUGACCCACCUAAACACAGAUACAAACCAGUCAUGAUCAUGUGUCAAAAACAGUCAUUCAAGGCUUACCAUUUUUAAUGUAAAGCACACAGGAUGCUAAUUAUUACUAAAUUCUGUCCAAUACUGUUGGAAUGUCCUAAGCUUUAAAUCACUGAUGACGUUACAGUGCUGUGCCUCUUGCAUAAAUGUAUACACAUAAUAUUUUGAAGCUUACUGACUGUGCAUUUUGUUUGGAGAGAUCUUUUAGGUAUAACAUUAACUUGUGCAUAAACAUAGCUUGAUCAGUGCCUCAUGAGUAUUUUCUCUGUGUUUUUAGGGGCACAGUGGAUAGGGAGAAGUUAAAAUGUGCUGGUCUGAGCCAAGCCUCUUUAGCAGGGAUGCUAAAAUUUUUAAAUCAAAUUUGAUUUUUGAUUCAAAAUUUUAUUCCAUGUAAAUACAAAAGGCCUCCCUGCAGGAUCACCUACCUCUUGAUGGGAAUAAAGGCAGUCAAUUCCAUGCCCCCUUAAAAGCAACAAACUGUAAUGCAUUUGAAUACUAUGACCUUAUUUAAUUUUAUAAAUUUCCAUUGUCCUGUUCCCAAGAGCAGUAUUAUUGUAGCCCAGUACCACCAGUAUACUCAGCACUCAUUGUGGGAGAUUACAGAACACCUUUUUUAUUACAAUUGAUCAUACUUUUGAAUUCUACAAUUUUCCAAUGACACCAGAAUUAUUCACCUUUAAUUCCCAGGUGAAUGAAGACCUAAAUGACAAAGAACAUUUUUAACAACUCACUACAAAUUUUACAGAAUAGACAAUCAUUAAUUGCAGCAUUAAGCAGACCUUGAUUUUUAAAUGCCAAUAAGACACUACCUGCAGAGUGGUUGUAGUAAAUCUUCUGAUGAUAUCAUUAAAGAAGAUGGUGUUUGUAAAUGCUAAUGAGGAGCCAACUCUGAACAACAAAUCAUUUUCUCACAAAUGAGGGAUAUAAUGGAAAGUUUAAGCAGGUGGGUGUUCAGAUCCACCGAACAUGAGAUUUAUUAUCGAAAAAACCUGUAUUCCACCAGUUGAAAUCCAUUCCUCUUAAUCAACAUUAUGACAGACAGCAUUAAUCCAUUAUAAAGCAGGAAGAAUGGGGGCCCUAUGAGAGUUUACUCUCCUUCCAUAUGGCUUUAUUUGAGUGUGUGUGUGUGUGUGUGAGAGAGUCACACAGGAAGAGGAUCAUUUGCAGUGUUGACACUCAGAAUUAAUUACACCCAGUGAGGGCAAAGUGUUGGUGGCCCCUUCUUCUGGCCUUUCUUUGAAUAAUUGCCUGUUGGAGCAAAGUCAUGUGUAUAGGAGGGGGGCUUCAUGCCAUGGCACUCAGUCACACAAUGGCACCAAUUGCUCAUUAGGUAUGUUGGUUAUCGUUGCUAGGUCGUGCAUACCAAAGAGGAAGACAGAACAGAGGUGACAGAGAAAGGAAUGCUGAAGGAUUAAAGGGGCAGCUGGAGGGAGCUGGGUGGAGGUGUGACAGAGGCAAAGGAGAUACAGAAAGAAGAACAGAUAAAAGUGGAAAGACCCGAAUCUGGGUCCUUUAGAUUCAGAACAAUUGCACAAGGUCUGCUACAACAACACCAUCUUUUCUGUGUUGAAUACCAAAACUGUUGAUUUUGAUACUGACACCAAGUUUAGUCUGAAAAUACUCAACACUAUCAUAAGAUGGACCUGAAAUUCUACAUGUUUGAUACUUAAUCACUGGAUCACAUGUAGGAUGUCAGCAUAAAGUCAUAAUUGAUGUCACAGUGGUAAAGACAAUAUCUGUCUCAUGAAAUUCCUACAUGUCUCUGUUCAUUCUAAGACACUGAAAUGAACAACAGAUACAUGUCUUUAUAAAUACUGACCGUGUGAAUGCUCCCUUCUUUGCUGAUACUGCCACAGGUCAUUUUUCAUACUUUCAGUCCAGAAAAUGCUGCCUCCUCAGUCACUUCCUACACCAGAGCUAUAAUGAACUAUUUGCCCUAAAUUAAGUGAAGAAUAUUGGGGAAAUACUUCUGUUGUUGAAACUCCUCUGUGUGAGCGCACACAACAAAGCAAUAAUUAAAGAAGAAGGCUGAGAAAUGUAGAGAUUUGGGAUUUCUUGUCAACAUAUUCUGCCAGUCAGAUGCUUAAAGCCAUUCCUUUGGAGCCAUGUGGCACUCUGUGCUUGUUCAGUAUUAAUGAGGGAGGGCCACAAAAGAGGACGCACACUCAUAAUGGAACAAGACCGACAAAAGAAAGAAGACAGACAGGGAGGGGAGAAAACAGAGAAAAAGGAAUAGAAAAGGAAUGAGCGAGACAAUGAUGUGCAGGAGGGAGGAGGAGGAGGUUCACGCCUGGCUGAGCUCUUUAUCUGAGCUCUCACCUGAACAACUGCCGUCUAUCUUCCCUCCAGACUGUCAGGGAUGACAAUGACAGCACCGCCGCUGUGGCCAAAAAUACCACAGCACAAGACAACAACAAAAGUGUCAACAAAACAGAGCGGUGGCUGAUGGGAGAUUUCUCCAUGGCCCUUUAG